GAGCGGGACACAGACAGAGGGAAAGGUCUGGAAAGAAAGCCUGCGAGAUGAUUGCCGUCAUUCUAACUGCGCUCCUCGUGCUGACUGCGCUCGCGCACUCCGCAAGCGGGGAGGCCGCCUGGUGUUACCACGACAGCACGUGCAAUGACACCGUCUGGGCCUCACUUCCAAUUGGUUACUGUAAUGGGACCCGGCAGUCACCGGUGAACAUCGUCACUGCCAGCGUGCAGCCCAACGCCAACCUGACCGCCUUCAACUUCACCGGCUUCAGCAGCAAUAGCACCAUGAGUGAAAUCACCAACACGGGAGAGACUGUUCAGGUGAAAUUGCAAACGGGGAGCGUGAACAUUAGUGGCGGGGGGCUCUCCACAACCUACAAUGCCCUGCAGUUCCAUCUGCACUGGGGCAACGGCAGCAACGUCCCUGGAUCGGAGCACACUGUGGACAGCAAGAGGUACCCUAUGGAGUUACACAUGGUCACGGUCAAGCCUCAGUACAACGGCAGCAUAACCCUUGCAGUCAGUGACCCAGAAGGCGUGGCAGCUUUUUCCUUCUUCAUCGAGGGAAAAAAUGACAGCAAUCUACCUGCAAGCUGGAAUACCCUGACAUCCUACCUUUCCAAUAUCACACAGGCGGGUCAGAAGGCAAACAUUAGUAGUGGUAUCUCACUCGAUGACCUGCUGGUUGGAGUCAACAGAACACAAUACUAUCGUUACCUUGGUUCCCUAACCGUUCCUGACUGCAACGAGGCCGUGGUUUGGACCGUCUUCAAGGAUUCAAUCAAAAUCAGCAAUAAUUUGAUUGAUCUAUUCAGUGCAUCUGUUUACUUUAAUACUUCCCCUCCCCUGCUGAUGACCAACACCUACCGAAGUUCCCAAAAGCUCAACUCUAGAGUGAUCACGUCGCAGGUUUCCACUACCGCUGUGACUGUUACACCUACAACUGCUAAACCUUCUUCAUCUCCUCCGUCAAGCGCCGCGCUGACACUUCCCCUCCUGUGCGCCAUCCUGCUGUUCCACCUCUUCCCAAAGUAGGGUGAAGUGCCUGGGUUUUUACUACGGUGUACUUCACCUGGACACUCCUGAAGCUGCUUCGUAUUUAAAGGUGACUGACGGGAAAACCUUUGAAUAACUCGUUGGAAAGAAGGAUCCUGGUGUGACGUCAUUAAAGUCAUUACCAAUUAUUUUUAAUGAACUUUUAAUAAAUACAUGUUGUAUUUUG